UUUAUAAAUAUUUCAAAUUUUAUUACAUUUAUUUUAAUGUUUUCAUAAACUAUAUUGUAUUGAAUAUAAAAAAUGAUAAAUAAUUAAAAAAAAAAAAAAGAAUUAUGGAAAACUUUAAGGGACACUAAGUUUGAAAUGGGUGAGAAUAUGUGUUUUGUCUUGUUACCCUGGAGCAGCUAAUUUAUGAGGAAUUGGUGGUAGUUUGGUUGGGUCAUGACAGUUAUUGUCCACGUAAUUAACUUUCUCUCUUACUGUUUCACCAGUUAGGAACAUAGCCUCUUCUAUAUCUAUAUAUAUUCACUUCUCUUCUUUGCUAGGUUGGUCAGUAGACCCCUUCUAAUAACUAUAGUGUAGCGAUCAUAUACCAUUAGCUGACCAAGAAACACUUCCAAAGCUAUACCGCCUUCAUAUUUAUAGUUUCUUGCUCUUCUGGGAUUAUUGUUUUUGGCCAAUGGAGAUAGAGCAGGUCUGUAAUUACAGCGGUGGUGGUCAUGGCGGCAGCGAUGGGGAUGUGGCGGCAUGUUUAACAGCAGGAGGAGAAUCUAUGUACUUGGUGUGGGAAGAUUUAACAGUGGUGUUACCGAAUUUUAGUGAAGGACCAACAAGGAGGUUAAUUAAUGGGCUUAACGGGUAUGCUGAACCUGGUAAGAUCAUGGCUAUUAUGGGUCCUUCUGGUUCUGGCAAGUCCACACUUCUUGAUGCAUUAGCAGGUAGACUCUCAGGAAAUGUUAUCAUGACUGGGAAUGUUCUAGUUAAUGGGAAGAAGAAGAGACUUGGCUAUGGUGGUGUCGCUUACGUAACUCAAGAGAAUACAUUGUUGGGAACUCUAACUGUUAAAGAAACCUUAACUUACUCGGCCCUUUUAAGGCUUCCAGGCAGCAUGACUAGGGAAGAGAUUGAAGGCAUUGUUGAAGGGACAAUCAUGGAAAUGGGUCUCCAUGAUUGCGCUGACCGACUAAUCGGGAACUGGCAUUUGAGAGGAAUAAGUGGUGGAGAGCAGAAAAGAUUAAGCAUUGCACUUGAAAUCCUGAUUAGGCCACAUCUUUUAUUUCUUGAUGAACCUACUAGUGGACUAGACAGUGCCUCAGCUUUCUUUGUUAUUCAAACUCUUAGAAAUAUAGCUCGAGAUGGAAGGACAGUUAUUACUUCAAUUCACCAGCCAAGUAGUGAAGUUUUUGCACUGUUUGAUGAUCUUUUCCUGUUAUCUGGUGGUGAAGUAGUUUACUUUGGAGAAGCAAAGAUGGCAACGGAGUUUUUCGCUGAAGCUGGAUUCUCAUGCCCGAGUAGAAGAAAUCCUUCUGAUCAUUUUCUACGUUGUAUUAAUUCAGACUUUGAUCUUGUCACGGCAACUUUGAUGGGAGCUCACAGGGACAUUCAGAUGUCAUCAGAUUCUUUGGAAAAUUUACCAACAGCAGAAAUCAAGGAGGUACUUGUUAAGAAAUACAAGUACUCUAACCAUGCAGCAAGGGCAAAAGCUACGAUUAGAGAAAUCUUAACCACUAAAGGACUCGAGAUAAAAAGGAAAGGGGAGAGCCAGGCAAAAUGGUGGAAGCAACUUUCGAUAUUGACACAAAGAUCAUUCAUUAACAUGUGGAGAGAUUUGGGGUAUUAUAGGGUAAGGAUAGGUAUCUACAUUGCCUUGUCUAUUUGUGUUGGAAGUAUCUUUCAAGAUGUUGGAAAUGGCUAUACUGGCAUCUUGGCUCGGGGAGCUUGUGCCGGAUUCAUAUCAGGAUUUAUGACGUUCAUGUCGAUUGGAGGCUUCCCUUCCUUCAUCGAAGAACUGAAGGUUUUUCAUAAAGAAAGGCUCAAUGGGCAUUAUGGAGUCGGAGUAUAUACUCUGUCAAACUUCCUGUCUUCGUUUCCAUACCUGGCUGUGAUGUCAAUAUCUAGUGCGACUAUAAUCUUUUACAUGGUGAAAUUUACAACUGAAUUUUCACACUGUGUGUAUGCGGGCCUUGACCUAUUAGGCUGCAUAGCAGCAGUUGAAAGCUGCAUGAUGGCUAUUGCUUCACUUGUUCCUAACUUCUUAAUGGGGGUCAUUGUUGGAGCCGGAUAUAUUGGAAUCCUCCUGAUGACCUCUGGGUUCUUUCGUUUGCUGCCUGAUCUUCCCAAGGUCUUUUGGCGUUACCCAGUUUCUUACGUCAACUAUGGAGCAUGGGGAUUGCAGGGAGAAUACAAAAACGACUUGAUCGGAAUAGAGUUCGAUCCUUUAGUACCGGGUGGCCCAAAACUGAAAGGCGAAGUUGUUCUCACAAGCGUGCUUGGCGUCAAUCCAGAUCAUUCAAAAUGGUGGGACUUAUCUGCUGUUGUGAUCCUUCUCAUAGCUUUCAGAUUCCUCUUCUAUGCAAUUCUGAAGUUCAAGGAAAGAACUUUGCCUGCAUUUCAUAAGCUCUAUGCCAAGAGAACCAUACAACAUAUGCAGAAGAGGCCAUCUUUCAGGAAAAGUUCACCCUUCCCUUCUAAGAGGCACCAAAUUCUCCAUUCUUUGUCUUCUCAAGAGGGACUCAACUCUCCGAUUCACUAGCAGUACUACCAACUUAACAUUCGCCAGCUAAACUCUGAGCUAUAUUUGGUAUCUUGGUAAAUACAUGGUAAGGAGAACUCAAAGAAGCACUUUAAAAUUUUCUUUC